AUGAUGUCUCUUUUGCUGGCAGUAUUCUUGCUGAACGUGGCCAUCCACCUCAUCAACACACUCGGAGCAGCGACCAUCAACGAGCUACUCUGGGUUCUCUACAACAAGCUUCCUACACCGACAGCGAAAGAUGCGUCAGACUCUGCUAGGCUGAAGAAAGAGGUGGUGCGUCUCAAGCGCGAGAUGAACGCUGUCAGCGCACAAGACGAGUUUGCCAGAUGGGCCAAACUGCGUAGAACGCACGACAAAGCUGUCGCCGACUACGAAAGGAGCUCGACCUCGGUCCAAGACACCAAGGCCAAGUUCGACAAGGCAGCCAACGCGCUUCGCUGGCUCGGUACCAACGGUAUGCGCUACCUGCUACAGUUUUGGUUCUCGCGUCAAGCACUGUUCUGGCUGCCCCAAGGCUGGGUGCCCGGCUACGUCGAAUGGCUUCUGUCAUUUCCCAGAGCACCCAAAGGAAGCAUCAGCAUUCAGGUUUGGGGUAUUGCUUGUGCGAGUGUCAUCGCCAUGUCAAGCGAAGCAAUCGCCGCCAGCUACGUCUUGAUCACUAAGCGACCCGAUAUGCAGACGGGCAAGCAAGAGCAGGAGCCACAGGCUUUCCAGAGUGGUGCGGCAUCCACGAUGGCUGGAGAGGCCAAGAAGGAAUUGUAG